AUGCGCUCAUUAACUUUAAUUCCACUCAUUGCAGUUGCAGCUCAAGCAGCUCAGCCUGCAUACUGUCCACUCCUCGGGUCCUUCUUUCCACCUCCAGAGUCAAUAUCAAGUAACGCUGAAUUCGUGGCCGCUCUAGACAGCAUCUCACUAGAAUUGACAUCAGCCAACUUGACAAACUCAGUCUCUUUCCAGAUAUUUUCCGGGAGCGAUCAUUUCUCAGCCUACAAAUACUCGCAUACUUCCUCAGUUACAAAACAGGCUUCUCAUGGCGUCAAUGAAGUGGACGAAGAUACUGUAUUCCGCAUUGGCAGUGGAUCAAAGUUAUGGACAAUGUUAUUACUCAUGAUCGAGACUCAGGGCCAUAUCUUGAACGAACGUGUUAUCAACUAUGUGCCCCAUCUACGGGCUGCGUCGAGGCAUCUUUGUCGAAAUGCUACAAUGCAGGCUGAUCAAGCAGAUUUCUUACGAUGGGACGAAGUGACCGUUGGGGAGCUUGCCAGUCAUCUAUCUGGCGUUGCAAGAGAUUAUGGCUUUACUGACAUGUCCACUCAAAUCUCGACGCAACAGAAGCUUGAAGAACUAGGGUUUCCUGCAUUGGAAAGCUCUCAGAUUCCACCCUGUGGUGGUUUCGGCGCCUGUGAUAAAGACUCAUUCUUUAACGGCAUUCUAAAAGCCCAUCCUCUUGCACCUACCUCCUCAACCCCAAUCUAUUCCAACGCAGGCUUUGUGAUAAUAGGAUACAUUCUGGAGCAUAUUACUGGAAAAUCAUACGAGAGACUGCUAGAAGAAAUCCUUAUCGGACCACUAAACUUGACUCGUUCGAGCUACGGCAAGCCCGACGACAAGUACGGCGUUAUACCUGGAGAUUUGACGUCAACCUAUUGGAAUUACAAUACCGGGGCGGAGACACCAGCAGGUGGUAUUUACUCCUCUGCGAAAGACAUGGCUACUUUUGGCCGCGCCAUUCUAAAUCACACACUGCUGCCUCCAACUGUUACCAGAAGAUGGAUGAAACCCAUGACACAUACCGGCACUCUUGAUCAGUCUGUUGGACAGCCAUGGGAGAUUUUCUCUCUAUCGACUCCUCGUGUCUUUGAUCUUUACACAAAGGCUGGAGAUAUAGGAAGCUAUUCCAGCAUGCUGGCCUUGUCCCCGGACUACAACGUCGGAUUUGUGGUUCUAGCAGCUGGCACAGACACAUCGAACACAGUCAACAAAGUAUCCGAUCACAUAACCGACAAACUCAUUCCUGCCUUGGAAAUAGCUGCAAAGAGCCAAGCGGAGGACAUGUUCACUGGGUCAUACCACUCAGACAAUGAUAACUCCACCAUUACCAUAACCACAGACAGUGGUCCUGGUUUGAAAGUUUCAAGCUGGAUUUAUAAUUCCCAUGAUAUGCUCCAAGCGAUCGCAGCUCUAGAUUCGGCUGAUGCAGAGUCUAUCAGCGUCCGACUCUAUCCCACCGGUCUCAAGAACCCGGGACAGUCUGGCUUCCGGGCUAUUAUCCAAUCUCUGACUACUGAAACUGGUGGUCCUUUUUCUAAAGCUUGUAUGCGAUGGGCUGCAGUGGACUCAAUUGUUUAUGGAAAUAUUGGUUUGGAUGAUUUCCUCUUCGAUCUGAACCAGAAUGGUGAAGUGGUCAGUUUGUCGCCACGAGCAUUUCGCCAGUUCCUUCCGAAGCUGUGA